GCUGUGAAAUCUCUAAGCAGAUAGACAGACCUUUAUUGCUUCACCCAAGUUUUCUAACAACCCACACAAAUAAAAAAAAAUAAAAUAAAAGAGAAGAGAAGAUGCCUCGAUCUGAACAAAACAGAAAAACUCUCUCUGAUCACAGGAAAAGUCUCCAGGAUCUAAAAAAGUCCUAUGAAGCAAGUGAAGAGCCUGAGAAACAACAGUUAUGGGAGAUUAUCAAGGAUGAAUUGCAGGACAUCCUGAAGAAAUACUCCUUAGACUCAAAAGAACAAAUGAAGAUUUUCAACGACACCAUUCAUGGACACAUGGAGCUGCACCCCCUGCUGGUGAAGAUCAUCGACACUCCUCAGUUUCAGAGACUCAGACACAUCAAACAGCUGGGAGGAACAUAUCUGGUGUAUCCCGGAGCCACUCACACUCGCUUCGAACACUCUAUUGGUGUGGCACAUUUAGCACGAUGUCUUGUCAAGACUCUACAUGAGAAUCAGCCAGAACUCAACAUCACCAAACAGGAUUUCCUGUGUGUUCAGAUCGCUGCCCUGUGUCAUGACAUGGGUCAUGGUCCCUUCUCUCAUUUGUUUGAUGGCAUGUUCAUCCCUGAAGUCCAGCCUGAUAAGCAUUGGGAGCAUGAGCAGGCAUCUGUUGACAUGUUUCGCUGCAUGAGAAAGAAGAAUGGACUGGACAAAGAGAUGGAACACUAUGGACUGAAUCUACCUGAAGACAUCACAUUUAUUGAGGAAUUAAUUCUGAAAGGACAAAGAGAUGGCCAGUGGUCAAUGAAGGGCAGGACUGAGGACAAAUCCUUCCUGUAUGAGAUUGUGGCAAAUAAAGUGAACGGCAUUGAUGUGGACAAAUGGGACUAUUUGGCCCGAGAUUGUUAUUAUCUCGGCAUUCCAUGUGGUUUUGACUCUCAGCGUCUGCUGAAAUCUGCUCGAGUGUGUAACGUGAACGAGAGGAAACACAUCUGCUUCAGAGACAAGGUGGCAGAUAACAUUUAUGGCAUGUUUCACACCAGAUACACUCUUCAUCGUCAGGCUCUUCAGCACAAGAUCGGCUACAUCAUUGACGUCAAGAUUAAGGAUGCUCUGGUACUAGCUGAUGACAAGCUGAGUCCAGAUUGCAAGAUCUCAGAUGCCAUAGACGACAUGCUAGAGUACACCAAACUCACAGAUCACAUCUUCGAUCAGAUGCUGAACCAGCCAGACUCAAAUGCAGAUCUGGCUGAAGCCCGAAGCAUUCUGCAGGACGUUGUCAACAGACGGCUGCCAAAGUUUGUGGGAGAGGCCCGACUGAAUGAAAAGGAAUUAAAGGCAAUGCUGACAAAACAUUGGGAGGACAAGGUCAAAAACCAUCAUCUGGAUCUUGAGGAGGACUCAAGAUUUUGUAAUAAAAUGCUGACCUGCUUGAAAGACCAUCCUGAGGAAGCCUUCAAGAAUGCAGUGUAUCAGAAAAUGCUGCUGCUCAGUUUGGGAGAUCAGCCUGAUGAAGCCUUCAAGAUUAAGAAAAUACAAGAGGACAGCUUGAAAGCCCAGCCUGUUAGAGCCUUCAAGAUUCAAGUCUAUACGAAAUUACUGAAGGAUCCCUGGAAGAAUAUGCUAUUGGAAAAACAACUGGAGGCUGCGGACUUUAAAAUUUAUGUUCUUGAGAUGGGUUUUGGUGAAGUGGGCAAAGAGCCUAUUGAUAAUGUUCAUUUCUACAGCAAGAGUGACCUAAAAACAGCAUUCAAGAUGAAGAAGUACCAGGUCUCCAGCCUCAAGCCAGAGAAGUUUCACGAAUUUCUUGUUAGGGUCUAUUAUGAUCUAGAGGAUCAAAAGCAUCAGAGGGAGGUCCAGCAGAAAGCUGAGAAGUGCUUUCAUGAGUGGUGCAAAAAUCCCAAGAACACAUUCAUUGAUUGCGGUAAUUCUGAUUCAGGCAAAGAAGAUGAUGAUGAUGAUGAUGAUGAUGAAGACGAAGAAGAGAAGGAGAAUGAGAAAACUUCUUCAAGCAAGAUCUUCAACGACCCCAUUCAUGGACACAUUGAGCUGCCUCAUCUGCUGGUGAAGAUCAUCGACACUCCUCAGUUUCAGAGACUCAGACACAUCAAACAGCUGGGAGGAACAUAUCUGGUGUAUCCUGGAGCCACUCAUACUCGCUUCGAACACUCACUGGGGAUGGCACAUUUAGCAGGAUCUCUGCUCAAAGUUCUGAGAGAGAAACAAGAGAAGUACAUCAAAAAGAUAAAGGAUAUUAAAAAGCUUGGAAAGAAACAGGAGAAGCUCAAAAAGAAACAGGAGGAGCUCAUUACUGAAAAAGACGUGCUGUGUGUUCAAAUUGCUGCUCUGUGCUAUAAUUUAGGUCAUGGUCCAUUCUCUCAUCUGUUUGAGAAAUUCAUCCAUAAAGCCUGGCCUGGUGGCCGUGGAGAUGACCAACAACCGGGUCCAUCAGAAGAGAAGAAAAAGAAAGAAAAAGAAGAGAAAGAAAGAGCCUCAGAAAAAGAAAAGUGGAAGGUGGCCUCAAUCUGGAUUUUUCUGGACAUCGUAAGGAAUGAAGGACUAAACACAGAGCUGACAAACAAGGAUCUCACCUUUAUUCAGACGUUAAUUGAGGGGGAUUAUAAUGCAGCUCCAGAGAACAAGUCUUUCCUGUAUGAGAUUUUGGCAAAUAAUUGGAAUGGCAUUGACGUGCGAAGAUGGGACUAUUUUGCACGAGACUGUCAUUAUCUCGGCAUUCCUAACAGCUUUGACCAUCAGCGCAUGCUGAAAUCUGCUCAAGUCUGUAAAGUCAAAGGGACGAAUCACAUCUGCUUCAGAGACAAGGUGGCAGAUAAUAUUUAUGACAUGUUUCACACCCGCUACACUCUAUAUCAGCAGGCCUACCAGCACAAGAUAGUCAACAUCAUUGAAGACAAGAUCAUAAAAGCUCUCUUAGAAGCUAAAGACACACUUGAGAUCUCACCGAUUUCAGAAUACAUUUCACCAGAUGAUAUCAAGCAGAAGAUCGAAAAUAUUACAAGCAGUUCACAAAAAUGCAAGAUGCCACCAUCUGAAGAUGAAAAGACUGCAAAGUUCAUUAAACUGACAGAUCACAUCUUUGAGAAGAUCUUGUACUCCAGUGAUGACAAGCUGAAAGAUGCCCGAAAAGAGCUUGAAGAUGUUGUGAUGCGACGCCUGCGGAAGUGUGUGGGAGAGACUCGACUAAAAGAAACUGAAGAGAAAGAAGUGGCCUUCAAGGAUGACUGGAAUAAAGCAGUGGACGAGUGGAACAAACUUCACCCAAAUCUGGUUUUGCAUAAGAAGGAUUUCAGCACUGAAGUGAUUCUACUGGAUUAUAAUAAGAAGGAUGAAAACCCUAUCAACCAUGUCUAUUUCUACAGAAAGAACCAGCACAAUAAAGGCCGCAAGAUUAGGAAAUAUGAGGUCUCCAGUCUGCUGCCGAAGAAGUUUAGUGAACAUGUUGGUCGAGUUUACUACACAAAAAACUCUGAUGAGGAGGAGAUGGAUGCUAAGGAGUGCUUUAAAUGGUGGCGCCUUGGCAUGUGUGUAAUUGAGCUAUACGAUCAGCAUGCGUUUAAAGGUACCAAGUGUGUGAUCACAGGCAACUAUCCAUCAUUGGACCGCUGCAGUAUAACAGAGGUUCGCUCCUGUAAGGUGAUCCGAGGCGUCUGGAAGCUCUGGAAGGGUCGUGACAGUGUAGAUGAUUACCUACUGAAGGAGGGAGAGUAUCCCAAUCUUAAGGCAUUGAGCGAUGGCAAAUCCACUGCUUCUGCUCCUGCUCCUGCUCCCGUUCCUGAUCCUGCUUGGUCUCUUGAAUGUCUGCCAUUUACGAUCCAGCUCUAUGAAAAGGUGAAUUUUGAAGGCCCAAACUUUGAGACAACAGUUGACCGUCCUUCAUUGGACGGCUGUGGUAUAAAUGAGGUCCGCUCCUGUAAGGUGCUCAGUGGUGUCUGGGAUCUCUAUGAGGGUCCUGAAUAUGCUGAACCCAGUUACCAACUGCAGAAGGGGGAGUAUCCCAAUCCUGAGGUUUGCGGCAAUGGCAACACUGCUCCUGCUCUGUCUGUGAAACGUGUGACAUCUUAUCAGAUCCAGCUCUAUGAAAAGGUGAAUUUUGAAGGCCCAAACUUUGAGACAACAGUUGACCGUCCUUCAUUGGACGGCUGUGGUAUAAAUGAGGUCCGCUCCUGUAAGGUGCUCAGUGGUGUCUGGGAUCUCUAUGAGGGUCCUGAAUAUGCUGAACCCAGUUACCAACUGCAGAAGGGGGAGUAUCCCAAUCCUGAGGUUUGCGGCAAUGGCAACACUGCUCCUGCUCUGUCUGUGAAACGUGUGACAUCUUAUCAGAUCCAGCUCUAUGAAAAGGUGAAUUUUGAAGGCCCAAACUUUGAGACAACAGUUGACCGUCCUUCAUUGGACGGCUGUGGUAUAAAUGAGGUCCGCUCCUGUAAGGUGCUCAGUGGUGUCUGGGAUCUCUAUGAGGGUCCUGAAUAUGCUGAACCCAGUUACCAACUGAACAAGGGGGAGUAUCCUAAUCCUGGGUCGUGGUUUGCCAGUGACCCCACUGCUCCAGCUCUGUCUGUUAAACGUGUGACAGAGUAAAUUCUGACCUCU